GUGGACAUCAUUGUCAUUGUGUUCUACGUUUACAAAAUUUUGCAAGAGAUGUUAACGUACGAAGAAUUGCACCGCAAAAGCGAGCAACAGAUGGCCGAGCUACAGGCGCUCCAGGACAAGGGGAUGCAAGUAGCAGUACCAAUAGCAUUUAUGCGGAAACUGAAGAAAGAACAGCAAACUGCCGAAGGUUUCGAGUCUGACAUACGUGGUGGCGGUCCAACACGACCACUUCUGAACGGUGUGGCCACACCGGAAAGUACUGCACUUUCUAGAAAAAAGAGUUCAUUGCCAGUAGAGAUCGACUAA